AUCAUGACAGUCUCAGCAGCAACAGUAGCCAGUUCCACCGCAGGAUCAGCAGCAGCCGCAGCUGCAGUCGCAGCAACCACUGCAGCAGCAGCAGCAGCAGCAGCAGCAGCAGCAGCAGCAGCAGCAGCAGCAGCAGCAGCAGCAGCAGCACCACCACCACCACCACCACCACCACCAGCCGCUACGCCAGCAGCAGCAGCAGUAGCAGCGGCGCGUUGGUCGUCUCCCGCCCGGGUGGCCCGGAGCUGGCGGUGGCGGCGGUCGCACUGGUCCUACGCGUAGCGAGCCGUCGGGUGGUGGCUCCGGCGA